AUGGGCGUGCAGGGCCUGCAGGAGUACCUGGAGAAGCACUGCCCCAGAGCAGUGGUGCCUGUGGAGCUACAGAAGUUGGCCCAGAGCGCCCUGGUCGGAGGCCCCCAGACCCUCCAUGGUCCUCUCGCUCCUCUGCGCCUCCUGCUGGAUGCGCAGAGCUGCCUGCAGCGGCUGUACGGAGGCUCCUACACGGACUGGGUGUGCGGGGGCCAGUGGGACCGCAUGCUGAGCUUCCUCUCUGCUCUGUCCGAGGCCUCUUUCUCUGCAAACAUUCACUUUGUGGUUUGUUUUAAUGGCGCCCUGGAGAGAAGCCGCCUUCGGGACUGGGUGAAGCGGCAGGAGACCGAGCGGCAGACCUCACAGAGGAUCCUGUCCCAUGUCCUCCGCAAAGGCACCCCGCCCCCCAAGGCCUGGUUCCUGCCUCCCGUCUGCCUCCCUCAUUGCAUCCGCCUGGCAAUUCUCACACUCGGCCUCGGGGUGGUGCAGACGGUGGAGGACCACCACUUGGAAGUCCUGACGUUGUUCCGGAGCGGGGGCUUCCACGGAGUGAUGGGCCGUGACUCGGACUACGCUCUCAGCAGCAUCUGUCAUUACUUCAGUUCCCACGCUCUCAAACUGAGCCACGACGGCCAAAGAAUCACCACCACUCGAUUUCUGCUUCAUGAAGUCGCGAAGCGUUUAAACGUGCAGCUCUCGUCCUUCGCUGUUUUUGCUGCACUUUUAGACCUGUGGACCAGACCUGUGGACCAGACCUGUGGACCAGACCUGUGGACCAGACCUGUGGACCAGACCUGUGGACCAGACCUGUGGACCAGACCUGUGGACCAGACCUGUGGACCAGACCUGUGGACCAGACCUGUGGACCAGACCUGUGGACCAGACGCGUCUUCAUUGGACCUCCCUCCGCCCUCCGCCGCCCUCCGCCUCCCUCCGCCUCCCUCCUCCUCCCUCCGCCCUCCGCCGUCCUCCGCCGCCCUCCGCCCCCUCCCCUCCCUCCUCCUCCCUCCGCCCUCCGCCGCCCUCCGCCUCCCUCCUCCCCCUCCGCCUCCUCCCUCCGCCGCCCUCCACCUCCCUCCUCCGCCCUCCGCCUCCCUCCGCCGCCCUCCGCCUCCCUCCGCCGCCCUCCGCCUCCCUCCUCCUCCCUCCGCCCUCCGCCGCCCUCCGCCGCCCUCCUCCUCCCUCCGCCUCCCUCCGCCUCCCUCCGCCGCCCUCCGCCUCCCUCCGCCGCCCUCCGCCUCCCUCCGCCUCCCUCCGCCCUCCGCCUCCCUCCGCCUCCCUCCGCCCCCCCCCCUCCCUCCGCCUCCCUCCGCCCUCCGCCGCCCUCCGCCGCCCCCGCCUCCCUCCUCCUCCUCCCCCCUCCGCCCCCCUCCGCCUCCCCUCCGCCUCCUCCUCCUCCCUCCGCCCUCCGCCUCCCUCCGCCGCCCUCCGCCUCCCUCCGCCGCCCUCCGCCUCCCUCCGCCUCCCUCCGCCGCCCUCCGCCGCCCUCCGCCUCCCUCCGCCCUCCGCCGCCCUCCGCCCGCCUCCCUCCGCCUCCCUCCGCCGCCCUCCGCCGCCCUCCGCCUCCCUCCGCCCUCCGCCGUCCUCCGCCGCCGCCCUCCGCCUCCCUCCUCCUCCCUCCGCCGCCCUCCGCCGCCCUCCGCCUCCCUCCUCCUCCCCUCCGCCCUCCGCCGCCCUCCGCCGCCCUCCGCCGCCCUCCGCCUCCUCCUCCUCCCUCCGCCUCCCUCCGCCGCCCUCCGCCUCCCUCCGCCGCCCGCCCGCCUCCCUCCGCCGCCCUCCGCCUCCCUCCGCCCUCCGCCUCCCUCCGCCUCCCUCCGCCGCCCUCCGCCGCCCUCCGCCUCCCUCCGCCCUCCCCUCCCUCCGCCGCCCUCCUCCCUCCGCCUCCCUCCGCCGCCCUCCGCCGCCCUCCGCCUCCCUCCGCCUCCCUCCGCCGCCCUCCGCCUCCCUCCGCCGCCCUCCCGCCUCCCUCCGCCCUCCGCCGUCCUCCGCCGCCCUCCGCCUCCCUCCGCCUCCCUCCGCCGCCCUCCGCCUCCCUCCGCCUCCCUCCUCCUCCCUCCGCCCUCCGCCGUCCUCCGCCGCCCUCCGCCUCCCUCCGCCUCCCUCCGCCGCCCGCCUCCGCCGCCCUCCGCCGCCCUCCGCCUCCCUCCGCUGUCCUCCGCCGCCCUCCGCCUCCCUCCGCCUCCCUCCGCCGCCCCCCCCCUCCGCCUCCCCCUCCGCCUCCCUCCUCCUCCCUCCGCCCUCCGCCGUCCUCCGCCGCCCUCCGCCUCCCUCCGCCUCCCUCCGCCGCCCUCCGCCGCCCUCCGCCGCCCUCCGCCUCCCUCCUCCUCCCUCCGCCCUCCGCCGCCCUCCGCCUCCCUCUGCCGCCCUCCGCCUCCCUCCGCCUCCCUCCUCCUCCCUCCGCCCUCCGCCGCCCUCCGCCUCCCUCCUCCUCCCUCCGCCCUCCGCCGCCCUCCGCCUCCUCUGCCGCCCUCCACCUCCCUCCGCCUCCCUCCUCCUCCUCCUCCCUCCGCCCUCCGCCUCCCUCCUCCUCCCUCCGCCCUCCGCCUCCCUCCGCCGCCCUCCGCCUCCCUCCGCCGCCCUCCGCUGCAGGAGAUCCAAAGGCAUGUAGCUGACCCUGCCCCGGACUCUUCCCCUGACCCUGCCCCUGCCCCAGACCCUGCCCCAGACCCUGCCCCAGACCCUGACCCUGACUCUGCCCCUGACUCUGCCCCUGACUCUGCCCCUGACUCUGCCCCUGACUCUGCCCCUGACUCUGACUCUGCCCCUGCCCCUGACCCUGCCCCUGACCCUGCCCCUGCCCCUGACCCUGCCCCUGACCCUGCCCCGGACUCUGCCCCUGCCCCUGACUCUGCCCCUGACUCUGACUCUGACCCGGACUCUGACCCUGCCUCUGCCCCGGACUCUGCCCCUGACUCUGCCCCUGACUCUGCCCCUGACUCUGACUCUGCCCCGGACUCUGCCCCUGACUCUGACCCUGCCCCGGACUCUGCUGCCCCGGACUCUGCCCCUGCCCCUGACUCUGCCCCUGACUCUGCCCCUGACUCUGCCCCUGACUCUGCCCCUGCCCCUGACUCUGCCCCUGACUCUGACCCUGACUCUGACUCUGACCCUGACCCUGCCCCUGACUCUGCCCCUGCCCCUGACUCUGCCCCUGACUCUGACCCUGACUCUGACUCUGACUCUGCCCCUGCCCCAGACCCUGCCCCAGACCCUGCCCCGGACUCUGCCCCUGACUCUGCCCCUGCCCCAGACCCUGCCCCUGACCCUGCCCCGGACUCUGCCCCUGCCCCUGACUCUGCCCCUGACUCUGACUCUGACCCGGACUCUGCCCCUGACUCUGACCCUGCCCCGGACUCUGCCCCUGACUCUGCCCCUGACUCUGCCCCUGACUCUGAUCCCCUGACUCUGCCCCUGACUCUGCCCCUGACUCUGACCCUGACUCUGACCCUGCCCCUGACUCUGCCCCUGCCCCUGACUCUGCCCCCGCCCCCGACUCUGCCCCUGACUCUGCCCCUGACUCUGACUCUGACUCUGCCCCUGCCCCUGACCCUGCCCCUGACCCUGCCCCUGCCCCUGACCCUGCCCCUGACCCUGCCCCGGACUCUGCCCCUGCCCCUGACUCUGCCCCUGACUCUGACUCUGACCCGGACUCUGCCCCUGACUCUGCCCCUGCCCCUGACUCUGCCCCUGACUCUGACUCUGCCCCGGACUCUGCCCCUGACUCUGACCCUGCCCCGGACUCUGCUGCCCCGGACUCUGCCCCUGACUCUGCCCCUGACUCUGCCCCUGACUCUGCCCCUGACUCUGCCCCUGACUCUGCCCCUGACUCUGACCCUGACUCUGACUCUGACCCUGACCCUGCCCCUGACUCUGCCCCUGCCCCUGACUCUGCCCCUGACUCUGACUCUGCCCCUGCCCCUGACCCUGCCCCUGACCCUGCCCCUGCCCCUGACCCUGCCCCGGACUCUGCCCCUGCCCCUGACUCUGCCCCUGACUCUGACUCUGACCCGGACUCUGACCCUGCCUCUGCCCCGGACUCUGCCCCUGACUCUGCCCCUGCCCCUGACUCUGCCCCUGACUCUGCCCCUGACUCUGACCCUGCCCCGGACUCUGCUGCCCCGGACUCUGCCCCUGCCCCUGACUCUGCCCCUGACUCUGCCCCUGACUCUGCCCCUGCCCCUGACUCUGCCCCUGACUCUGCCCCUGACUCUGACCCUGACUCUGACUCUGACCCUGACCCUGCCCCUGACUCUGCCCCUGCCCCUGACUCUGCCCCUGACUCUGACUCUGACCCGGACUCUGACCCUGCCUCUGCCCCGGACUCUGCCCCUGACUCUGCCCCUGCCCCUGACUCUGCCCCUGACUCUGACCCUGCCCCGGACUCUGCUGCCCCGGACUCUGCCCCUGCCCCUGACUCUGCCCCUGACUCUGCCCCUGACUCUGCCCCUGCCCCUGACUCUGCCCCUGACUCUGACUCUGACUCUGACCCUGACCCUGCCCCUGACCCUGCCCCUGCCCCAGACCCUGACUCUGCCCCAGACCCUGCCCCAGACCCUGCCCCUGACGCUGACUCUGACUCCGGCCCAGUAUGCCAUGAGAGCAUCUCCAAACUCCUGUGCUGUUUUCAUCCUCCUCUUCCCACUGGCCAGUGUUACCUGGAUUCUGAAGAUGGGAUCAGCUUUAGGCAGAAGUGUGGUACUUUCUCUGGCAAACUGA